AUGGCUGGGCCUCUGUGCAGCUCCCCAAGGCCCCUGCGGAUCGGGGGGCAGCUCUGCCGCGGCUAUGCCGCCAAGGAGCUGCGGUUUGGCGACGAGUGCCGCGCCAGCCUGCUGGCGGGCGUGGAGAAGCUGGCGGACGCGGUGCAGGUCACUCUGGGCCCCAAGGGCCGCAACGUGGUGAUUGAGCAGGCGUAUGGCGCCCCGAAGAUCACCAAGGACGGCGUGACUGUGGCCAAAGCCAUUGAGUUCAAGGACCGGUUCCAAAACGUGGGCGCCUCCCUGGUCAAGCAGGUUGCCAGCGCCACCAACGACGUGGCCGGCGACGGCACCACCACCGCCACGGUGCUGACGCGCGCCAUCCUGGUGGAGGGGUGCAAGAGCGUGGCGGCGGGCAUGAACCCCAUGGACCUGCGGCGCGGCAUCAACCUGGCGGUGGACCAUGUGGUGGCGGAGCUCAAGGCGCGCGCCAAGAUGAUCAGCACCACCGAGGAGAUCGCGCAGGUGGGCACCAUCUCCGCCAACGGCGAGCGCGAGAUUGGCGAGCUGAUUGCGCGGGCCAUGGAGAAGGUGGGCAAGGAGGGAGUGAUCACGGUGCAGGACGGCAAGACGCUGGAGAAUGAGCUGGAGGUGGUUGAGGGCAUGAAGUUUGACCGCGGCUACAUCUCGCCCUACUUUGUGACCGACCAGAAGACGAUGAAGUGCGAGCUGGAGGACCCCUUUGUGCUGAUCUGCGAGAAGAAGAUCUCUGGCGAGGACCUUGGGUUCAAGCUGGAGAAGGUGGAUGCCACCAUGCUGGGGCAGGCCAAGAAAGUGACCAUCAGCAAGGACGACACCGUGGUGCUCAACGGCGGCGGCUCCAAGGCGUCCAUCGCCGAGCGGUGCGACAUGAUCCGGCAGGCCAUGGAGAGCAGCACCAGCGACUACGACCGCGAGAAGCUGCAGGAGCGGCUGGCCAAGCUGAGCGGCGGCGUGGCGGUGCUCAAGGUGGGUGGCGCCAGCGAGGUGGAGGUGAGCGAGAAGAAGGACCGCAUCACCGACGCGCUCAACGCCACCAAGGCGGCGGUGGAGGAGGGCAUCGUGCCGGGGGGCGGCACCGCGCUGGUCUACGCCUCGCGCACGCUGGAGGCGGUCAAGGACAAGUGCGAGAACUUUGACCAGAAGGUGGGCGUGGAGAUCAUCCAGCGCGCCAUCCGCCGCCCCGCCAAGACCAUUGCCAACAACGCGGGGCUGGAGGGCGACGUGAUUGUGGGCAAGCUGCUGGAGCGGGAGGGGGACGAGAAUGUGGGGUUCAACGCGGCGGCGGGGAGGUUUGAGGACAUGGUGCGGGCGGGGGUGAUCGACCCCAUGAAGGUUGUGCGGACAGCGCUGCUGGACUCCGCCAGCGUGGCCAGCCUGCUGACCACCGCCGAGUGCAUCAUCACAGAGGCCCCCAAGAACGAGGCCCCCGCGGCGCCCGGCAUGGGCGGCAUGGGCGGCGGGAUGGACUUCUGA